AUAUACCACCGGUGAGUUUCAAAUGAGAUAAGGUCAAUAGUUAGGGCUUCAUUAAGAACUCAAAAACAGUAUUCUUCCCAAUCCCCAUUAACAAUGAACCCUCCAAUCGUUCAAACCAUUUCAGAAUGCUUCAUCAAACCACAGUAUCCAUCAGAGGAACCGAACCAUCCACCAGUCUACUUGGCCCCAUGGGAUAUAGCCUUUCUUUCAUUUCAUUACAUCCAAAAGGGCCUCCUCUUUAUCAAGCCUGCUGAUGAGCAACAAAACCCUGUCAAAUCUCUUCUAGACAAGCUCAAAGAGUCUCUCUCUCUCACCCUUGUUCGUUUCUACCCACUUGCCGGUCGACUCGCAACCCGAAAACAAGAGAAUCCGCCUUCCUACUCGGUGCACAUUGAUUGCAACAACAGUCCCGGAGCAAAAUUAAUCUACGCAACUGCGGAUGUAGCCGUUUAUGACAUUCUUUCACCCGUUGAUGUCCCGUUAGUUGUACAAUCGUUCUUCGAUCAUGACAGGGCCAUCAAUCACGACGGCCAUGUCUUGUCGUUGCUGUCGAUUCAAGUGACGGAGCUAAUCGAUGGGAUAUUCAUUGGGUUUUCGAUCAACCACGUGGUCGCUGACGGGACAUCAUACUGGCAAUUCUUCAACACUUUAUCGAACACCUUCCGUGCACUAGGCACGAGUCCCAAAAUUUCUCGCCCCCCAAUUCCCAAUCGGUGGUUUCCCGUAGGGUACGGUCCGAUCAUCAACCUACCUUUCUCUCACCACGACCAGUUCACCAGCAGGUUCGAAGCGCCCCCUGUUAGAGAGAGAAUCUUCCACUUCUCGUCCGAAUCCAUAGCCAAACUCAAAUCCAAGGCCAAUUCGGAAUGCAAAACGAACAAGAUCUCCUCGUUCCAAGCCGUGUCCGCCCUGGUCUGGACGUGCGUGGUACGCGCGCGGGGUCUUCCGCGAGACCAGGAAACCUACUGCAUGAUGGCUGUAAAUAACCGAUCCCGAAUGAACCCGCCGUUACCGAGCGAGUACUUUGGUAACUCGGUGCAAAUAGCGGGGGCAAAAGCCCCCGCCGGCGAACUGCUUGAUCGCGGGUCCGGGUGGGCUGCGUGGCGGCUGCACGAGACGGUGGCGAGCCACUCGGACGCGGCGGCGCGAGAGUGGGUGGAGAGGUGGAUGGAGGGUCCGUGCGUGUACCAACUCGGGCAGCUUUUCAACCAGUUUACUACGAUUAUGUCGAGCUCGCCGCGGUUUCCGAUGUACGAGAUUGAGUUCGGGAUGGGAAAAGCGGUGGCGAUUCGGAGUGGGUAUGCGAACAAGUCCGACGGGAGUGUGACGUUUUACCCUGGGUGUGAGGGCGGGGGAAGCAUGGAUUUAGAGGUGUGUUUGUCGCCGGACGCAAUGAGUGGACUUGAAUCCGAUGGGGAAUUCAUGGACGUCGUUAAUUUAUCUGCUCACAAGUGAAAUUUUUUUUUUUUUUGAAGAUGUUAAAGUAUUUCAU